AUGGAGGCCCCACCUCCACCCCCGCCACUCGCCGUUGCCCCGACCAACCCCACGGCAGCUGUCUCCCCGGACUCCAUCGACUCCUCUCCUCGCUCUCGCCAGACCGACUCCUGGGAUGCUGAUCCUCCGCCGCCCCAAAGGCUCCGCCUCAUGUGCAGCUAUGGCGGCCACAUAGUUCCCCGCCCCCACGACAAGACCCUCUGCUACAUCGGCGGGGACACCCGCAUCAUCGUCAUCGACCGCCACACAUCCCUCGCCGACCUUCGCAGCCGCUUAUCCAAAACCCUCCUCCACAACCAGCCCUUCACCCUAAAGUACCAGCUCCCCAACGAGGACCUCGAUUCCUUAAUUUCCGUCACCACGGAUGAAGAUCUCGAGAACAUGGUGGAGGAGUACGACCGCCUCAACAAUCCCGCCGCCGCCUCGGGCGUGGCGAAAAGCGGCCGCCUCCGUCUAUUUCUGUUCCCCAAGACCUCCUCAAACAACAUCGAGCAGCUUCUGGUGGAGACGGCUUCGACCAAAUCGGAGGACUGGUUUUUUAACGCUCUCAACGGCAAGGCGAGUACUUUGUCCGCCGGCGCCAGUGACCGUGGCCUCUCGGAGUCUUCAUCCAUUAAUUGUCUCCUUGGAUUGGAUGACGAUUUAGUCGGGAAGACUGCGGUGGCGGCGAAGGAUGUCGAGGCCCAAAUCGAGGGUUCUAAAUCUGGCGGAAAUGGGAACAAUAACGUGAGUAAUCACGAUGUGAAUUCCGUCCCUGACUCUCCUAUGCUGGAAACGACGUCGUCGUUUGGGUCCACCUCGAGUACUCCGUCGGUGGCCAAUUUGCCGCCGAUUAGGGUUCACGUUGAGGAGAAUCCGAAGGUGGGAAUUGAGGAUCAGUUUCAGCAUAUGAAUUUGGGGGUUUCCGGCAACGUGGUGCCUCAAAAGCUGGAGGAAGCUGGAGGUUUUGUGGCGGCAGUGGGGCCGGUUGUUUCUGGGGUUCCGGUGGUUGUUGGCGGUGACUACCCUAAUCUCAAUCGGGUUAUCUCCGAUGAUGAAAGAUCGGAACAAGGUGGGUACAAAAAGACACAACAGGUUCAGCCACAAGGAUUACCACAGCUGCCCAUUCCUCAGUUCCAGCAGAGGCAACCUGUGGCCUUUGAUUUAGCUUCUCCAGAUUCAGUUUCAAGUGAAGGAAGUAUGGCAAACCCAUUGCAGAGGCAGAGACAAGCUGUGUAUCAAGAUUCAAUCUUGCAAUUACAAUCUGGAAAUACUAGGGUAGCUGUUAAUCAACCUGAUCCAAAUUCCGGGGAUCAAACUAAUGCUAAAAUUCAGAUGCAACCCCCCCUAGUCCAAGAAUCAUCGGGAUAUGUCUUACAUGGCCAGCAAUACGAACAAAAUCAUCCUCAGUUACAUCAGCCACAACAAUUCAUUCAUGCUGGUAGUCAAUAUAUUUCUGCGGGACCCGUUCCCAUUGCAUCUUAUUACCCCAUGUACCCUCCCCAGCAGCAAAAUCAUCUGCAUCAGCCUGCAAUGGAUCAGCAAUACCCGUUUUAUUUCAUUCAAGCUAGACAUACCCCAGGGUACAAUAUCCCAAUGCAGCAAGCAAAUUACAAUGAAUUAGCGCCAAAUGCUCCUUCAAGCCGACCCCAAACGCCUCCUUCAGCCACCCCCCUCGGGACUUUUAAUCAAGCUGUAAGCGCUCCUUCUAAGCCCGAAAUGGCUACAGGUGUUUAUCGGACAGCAAUGGGGUCAGGCCCACAAUUGAUACAGGUCCCGUCUAGCCAGCACCAGCCCCAAUACGUUGGGUUCAGUCAGAUUCAUCAUCCAUCCCAAUCGGUUGCACCCUCGGCGGCAGCUAAUUCGAGUUAUGCUUAUGAGCUAACCGAUCCUAAUCAUGCUCAGAUGUAUUAUAACCAGGCUUUGCCACCACAGGUGGCUGCUCACUAUCAGACCCUUACAUCAGCCCCUGCUGUGGUUGUACCGGAUACAUCCGGACAGGUACCUUCGGAGAAUAUCAAGCAGCAAGUGAGGAAUUUGCAGCAGUGA